AUGCGAGCUCUUCCUCAGUUCAACUAUAUUUUUGCUAUUGGCACCAUAUUUGCGUUCCUUGACGCUUGGAAUAUCGGUGCCAAUGAUGUUGCAAACUCAUUCGCGACUUCUGUCGCUUCCCGCUCGCUCACCCUCAAGCAAGCCAUGUGCAUCGCUACGGUAAUGGAGAUGCUCGGAGCCUUGCUUGUUGGUGCAAGAACUGCCGAUACCAUUAGGACCAAGAUAAUCUCGACAAAACUCUUCGAAGAAGAUCCAUCAGUACUCAUGUUGGGCAUGAUGUGCGCUAUUAUCGGGUCCUCUGUCUACCUCACCGUCGCCACAAAGUUAUCCAUGCCCGUGUCCACUACGCAUUCCAUCAUGGGCGGUGUCAUCGGCGUGGGCAUUGCGGCAGUCGGCCCUAAGGGCAUCGAUUGGACAUUCAAGGGAGUCUCUUCUGUCUUUGCUGCAUGGGCCAUCGCUCCUGGUAUUGCUGGUGGCUUCGGUGCGAUCAUCUUCCUCAUCACCAAGUACGGCGUCAUGCGUCGAAAUAACCCGGUUUACAAGGCCUUCUUCAUGGUCCCGAUCUACUUUUUUGUCACUUCAUUCCUCCUCACUCUUCUCAUUUGCUGGAAGGGCGGAUCUGCGAAGAUCAAACUCACUGAUGUGCAGGUCAUUUGGGUCUCCAUUGUUGUUGGUGUUGUUGUCGCUGUUGUUAUUGCUACUUUCUUCAUCCCAUUCCUCUAUCGCCGGAUCAUUAAGGACGACUGGGAGUUAAAGACAAGGCAUAUAAUUUUCGGUCCUCUACUUCUUCGACGCCCAGAACUCACUCCGCGCCCAGAGGGUGUCAGUGUCGGAAACAUCCCUGACUUCUACGCUGGGCAUCUCAAUGCAGAAGAGCUCGAGAUGAAGCGUGCCGCGGAAGCGCGUGUCAGUGAUGGCGAUGUUGAGAAGACUGCAACCAUCACUGCAACACCUGUCAAACCGGACGAUAUCACCCCAGUUGGUUCCAGUCACAAAGCUACAACCAAUCCAGGUCGCAAGCUUUCUAUAACCAAGAAGCAACCACCUGAAGGUCCUUGGUACACACCCGCUGUCGUUUUCUACUGGGUUCGAUACGCCAUCUUCCGCGGAGUAGAAAAGGACGUCGUUACUCAGCAAAGUAACAAAGACUUUUUAUCUGGCGACAUUGAAAAAGUCCACGCCACGGGCGAGCAUUACGACAACCGUGCCGAGUACACGUAUUCCUUCCUGCAAGUCAUGACGGCAGCGACUGCGUCGUUUGCCCACGGCGCCAACGAUGUAUCCAACGCCAUUGGUCCAUACACCGCCAUCUACUUCAUCUGGUCCACCGGUGAGAUCUCGAAAAAGGUGCCUGUGCCCCUCUGGAUCCUCGCUUUUGGCGGCGGUUGCAUUGUGCUUGGUCUAUGGACAUACGGCUACAACAUCAUGCGCUCGCUCGGCAACAAAAUCACGCUUCACUCGCCUUCUCGUGGCUUCUCCAUGGAGCUGGGGGCCGCCAUUACUGUCAUUCUGGCAACGAAACUGGCACUUCCUGUCUCGACAACCCAGUGCAUUACGGGUGCGACGGUUGGUGUCGGUCUCUGCAACGGGACUUGGAGGACUAUCAAUUGGCGUAUGGUUGCCUGGAUUUACAUGGGCUGGUUCAUUACACUUCCUUGUGCUGGGCUUAUCUCGGGCUGCUUGAUGGGUAUUAUUCUUAAUGCGCCGAGGUGGGGCAUGGGCGUGUAG